CCCAUGGUUUCAGUGGAUUGCGUCUACGUCUUACCACCAAAUAUCAACCAGUCAUUUGGAUUCUAAUUUGAUAGCGCCAUUCACCAUCUCGCUAAAAUACCCUGCAAUCACUCAGCUCAGAUUUUCUUUAAUACCUUAAUUUUUCUUCAAAAUAAUGCUUCUCCUCAAGUCCAUAAACCCACUUUAGUUCAUUUUUCUUGAAUAAAAAAAAAAAAUGUCCAUUUGCGCCACCUUCAACUUCAAUAGCCUAACAACUCAGUCAGGGAAAAAAAGACUUUUUACUUCAAAUUUCAUUAAUGAAUUCCCUUAUACUUUUCCUUCUGGGAUUUUAUCUGAGCCUUUUAAAUUUAGUAAAGAAAGAUCUAAAUUCAGAACAGUUUUAGCUACCCAGACUGUUGAAACUCCCAAAGUUUCAUUCAGAAGUAAGAAACCUAAAGAUAUUAAUGUUUUGGUUGUAGGUUCAACUGGUUAUAUUGGGAAUUUUGUAGUUAAAGAAUUAAUUUCAAGGGGGUUUAAUGUUAUUGCCGUUGCAAGAGAAAGAAGUGGGAUAAGAGGCAAGAAUAGUAAAGAAGAGACUCUGGGAUUGUUGAAUGGUGCAAAUGUUUGCUUUUCGGAUGCUACAACGUUGGAAUCUUUGGAGAAAAGUGUCGGAAAUCUUGGGGUUUCAAUCGAUGUUGUUGUGUCUUGUCUUGCUAGUAGGAGUGGCGGGGUGAAAGACUCAUGGAAGAUAGAUUAUGAGGCCACGAGAAACAGUCUUAUUGCUGGUAUGAAAUUUGGGGCUGCACAUUUUGUUUUGUUGUCUGCUAUUUGUGUGCAGAAGCCCCUUCUUGAAUUUCAGCGUGCGAAAUUGAAAUUUGAGGCCGAGUUGAUAGAAGAAGCUAAACGGGAUAAGGGAUUUACUUAUAGCAUUGUUAGGCCGACUGCAUUUUUCAAGAGCUUGGCAGGUCAGGUUGAGCUAGUGAAAGAUGGAAAACCAUAUGUGAUGUUUGGGGACGGAAAACUAUGUGCUUGUAAGCCAAUUAGUGAGCUGGACUUGGCUUCGUUUAUUGCAGAUUGUGUGUUGAGUGAAGAUAAGAUAAACCAGAUUUUGCCAAUUGGAGGACCCGGGGCAGCAUUGACGCCAUUGGAGCAAGGGGAAAUGUUGUUUAAACUUUUAGGAAAAGAACCUUAUUUCAUCAAAGUACCAAUCCAAAUAAUGGACUUUGCCAUUGGAGUUCUUGAUUUCCUUGUGAAGAUAUUUCCUUCACUGGAAGAUGCAGCGGAGUUUGGGAAGAUUGGAAGGUAUUACGCAGCCGAAAGUAUGCUGGUUUGGGAUCACGAUACUGGAGAAUAUGAUGCUGAGAGAACUCCGAGUUAUGGGAAGGACACAUUGGAAGAAUUCUUUAAAAGAGUACUUGAAGAAGGAAUGGCUGGUCAGGAGUUAGGGGAGCAAACAAUUUUCUAAAUCUACCAUUUGUUGAAAGUUUAUGUAGAAUUCCAAACUCAAUCAGCCAUUUUUUGAUACUGAGAAUAUGUAAAGUACAUGGAUCCUCAUUUUGUACUUGGCCUGUGAGGGAUUAAAAUUUAAGAGUCUAAAGACGUUUAUGUUCUGAAAUGCAGAUCAACUCAAUAAUAUUUUCUGCCUUUCUUUCUUCCUGUAGUUUAAAUUUUUUUCAUAGAGGUAGAGACUGUUUGUCGGUGUAAUCUUACCAUUUACGUCAGUUCAACAAUAAUUUUAGUAUAGUAGCAAAGGAUGUCGGUUAUGGAUAUUCUUGAACCCUGUAGUUGAUAUUCAUUCAUACAUAACUUCUGUUCC